CUCUUUCUUUAGUGAGCGAUUCCAGAUCGCUUUCUUUUUCCGCCUUCUCGAUCACUCCCCGUCGCGGCAAAGCCACCGAAGGAAGAGGUUCACUUCUUCCUCCUCGGCGUUCGAUUUCUAGGGUUUUAGAUCCCCUGUAAAGAUACAGAUUUUGGUGCUUGGUUUCCAUGGAAGAAGGCGUCCGAGAAGUUCUCUACGAAACACGUUAUCACGCUUCCAGGCCUUACUCUCCCAAUUACCCUCCCCAACUUCACCAGCUGGACGAAGGUGUCAAAGGAAGUCUUCUCUCGUUGCUUUCCUCUCGAGGUGUAAGUCAACUUAAACGAAAAUGGAGUGAGUAUCGGAGUCCAAUAAAGUUAAGGAAAUGGGUAUCUUUGUUUGUCUCUCCAAGGGGUGAACGUCUUGCUGUAGCUGUGGGAAAUCACAUAACAAUCUUGCAGAAGGAGGAUGACUACCAGCAGCCAUGUGGUUUUUUCACUAGCAGCACCCUUUGCACAUUUACUUUUGGAGGUUGGUCGGAAACUCACGAUGUUCUUGGAGUUGCUGAUGAUGCCGAUAUACUCUAUUUCAUAAAAUCCAAUGGUGAAGAGAUAACCAGAAUUACAAAGGGAAAUUUAAAAGUAUCUUCGUCAAUAUUGGGCUUGAUAGCAUUUGAUGGCUCUGAUAUGAACAAAUCUUGCUUGUGUGGCUUCAACGUCCUUACAUCAGAUGGUUCUCUUCAUGAAGUCGAGAUCAGUCAGGAUCCAAGUGCUUCUGUUUUGUCUGCACACACAUCUAGAAAUGGCUCUACUUUAAAGGACUUUACUGCAAAUGUCUUCUGCUUGAAUUACCACCCAGAAAGUUCUUUGCUUGCAGUAGUUGGUGGUGCUGUUAGUGUCCCAAUGACCUCUAGUGCUAGCACUGGAACCUAUAGUCUUUCUCUCUGGCGACGAACCAGCAACCUAGGUUUGAACCCAGUGUUUUCUACUCAGCUUGAAGGUUUAUAUUCCAAACCAAAAGGUCAUGUCGGUCAAUUAACAUCUCCAAAGGUGCUUUUCUCACCAGAGGGUAAGUUUGUGGCUGCUCUAGAUGUGAGAGGGCACUUGGUCAUUUUUAAGCUGGAUAAUGGACAGUUUUCUCUUUCAAAUCUCUCUUGUGGAGACAAAUAUGAUUCACAAGAUAGCAGUGAUAUGUCAACCAGGGGGAAGGAAUCAUUAAGCGAUAUCAUGGAUUUUACUUGGUGGUCUGACUAUAUCCUUGUAGUUGCAAAGAGGAGUGGCACAGUCACCAUGAUUGACAUCUUUAGUGGUGUUAGACUAUUGGAGAAAGAUCCGUUGUGCUCUAUGGCAAUUUUGGAAAGAGUACAACUGGUCCCAGGGCACUUUUUUCUUUUACAAAGUACAUCUGAGUCCCAUGACUCAUCUGAGAAGAAGGCAACAAGUGACUUGGAACAUAUAGAUCUGGUAACUGAAGAUAAAUAUAAUCAUCCCGAUGUUGCUAAACUGCACUGGAGCUUAUUAUCAUUCUCCAAGAGAUCUGUUUCUGAAAUGUACGACAUAUUAAUCAGUGAGCAAAAGUAUCAGGCUGCGCUGGAUUUUGCUAAUCGUUAUGGGUUGGAUAGAGAUGAAGUGCUCAAGUCACAGUGGUUGCAUUCUGUCCAAGAAGUAAAUGAAAUAAAUGUGUUUCUGUCAGCAAUCAAGGAUCAAUCUUUUGUACUUUCUGAAUGUGUGGAAAGGGUGGGACCUAAGGAGGAUGUAGAGAGGGCUUUGAUUGCACAUGGGCUCCAUCUCACAAACCAGUACAGAUGCUUGGAAGCACAAAUUAAUGAAAAUAGCCCAAUUUGGGAUUUUUUUUUGGCAAGGCUGAAAUUGUUGCAAUUCCGAGACAAGCUGGAGACGUUUCUUGGGAUAAAUAUGGGCAGGUUUUCCAGACAGGAGUACAGCAAAUUCCGACGUAUGCCUCUGAAUGAAGCUGCUGUGACACUUGCAGAAAGUGGGAAAAUUGGGGCCUUGAACCUUCUUUUCAAGCGUCACCCUUAUUCAUUGAAUCCUUUCAUGUUAGAGAUUUUAGCUGCUAUCCCUGAAACAGUGCCGGUUCAAUCUUAUGGACAGCUUCUUCCUGGGAAUUCUCCACCUUCAGAUAUUCCUCUGAGAGAAAAAGACUGGGUUGAAUGUCAAGAGAUGGUAACAUUCAUUCGUAGGCUACCUGAGACUCAAGAGAGCAGUAUUCAGCUCAGAACCGAACCCAUCAUGAAGCAAUGGUUUGGUAUUUCAUGGCCAUCAACUAAUGAGCUUUGUAUGUGGUAUAGAAGCAGAGCUAGAGAUAUGGAUAGCUUAAGUGGCCAGCUAGAUAACUGCCUUUCUUUGGUUGAUUUUGCUUGUCGUAAAGGUAUUUAUGAGCUACAACAGUUCCGUGAAGAUAUCUCUUACUUGCAGCAGCUCAUUUACUUUGAUGACAGUGAUGAUGAGGUAAAUUUUAGCAUGAGUCUUGUUGCAUGGGAACAGUUAUCUGACUAUGAAAAGUUCAAAAUGAUGUUAAAGGGGGUCAAAGAGGAAAAUGUGCUUGAGAGACUACACAAGAAUGCGAUUCCAUUUAUGCAAAAUAGGUUUCAGAUCAUGAGUUCAGUUUGUAAAGAUGCAGUGAUGGAUGAGCCUUCUUCUGUGGAUAGGAAGUCUGAAUCUUUUCUAGUUAGAUGGCUGAAGGAAAUUGCCUCAGAGAACAAAUUAGACAUAUGCCUGAAGGUCAUUGAAGAAGGGUGCAAAAAUUCUCAAAGUAAAAGCAUUUUUGAAGAUAAGUCCGAAGCUGUAGAUUGUGCUCUUCAGUGCAUAUAUGUGUGCAGUAUCACAACUAGGUGGAGUACCAUGGCCUCAAUUCUGUCAAAGUUUCCGGAAAUGCGAGAUUCUGAAGUGCGUGUGGAGGGUCUCAAGAAAAGACUUAAAAUGGCAGAAGGCCAUAUUGAAGCGGGAAGGCUUUUGUCAUUUUACCAGGUCCCAAAGCCAAUUAAAUUUUUCUUGGAGGCACAUUCUGAUAUAAAGGGUGUAAAACAGAUCCUUCGCCUUAUCCUUUCCAAAUUUGUCCGUCGACAACCGGGCCAUUCUGAUAAUGAGUGGGCGAACAUGUGGCGUGAUUUGCAGAGCUUGCAAGAAAAGGCAUUUCCUUUUCUAGACCAAGAGUAUAUGUUGAUGGAGUUCUGCAGGGGUCUGCUGAAAGCUGGGAAGUUUUCGCUUGCAAGGAAUUAUUUAAGAGGUACUGCUUCUGUUGCUUUGGCAACGGAUAAGGCAGAAAAUCUAGUUAUUCAAGCUGCACGGGAAUAUUUUUUCUCAGCCUCAAGUCUUACUGGCUCAGAAGUCUGGAAGGCUAAGGAAUGCCUGAAUCUCUUCCCAGGUAGCCGAAAUGUCAGGGCAGAGGCUGAUAUCAUUGAUGCACUUACUGUCAAGCUUCCAGACCUCGGUGUGAACAUUUUACCUGUGCAAUUUAGGCAAAUCAAAGAGCCCAUGGAAAUUGUUAAGUUAGCAAUUACGAGUCAAGUUGGAGCUUAUUUAAACGUUGAUGAAAUCAUUGAAGUUGCCAAACUCCUUGGAUUGAGCUCUCAGGAUGAUAUAUCAGCUGUUCAAGAAGCUAUUGCAAGAGAAGCAGCAGUUGCCGGUGAUAUUCAACUGGCUUUUGAUCUCUGCCUUAUUUUGGCGAAAAAGGGACAUGGUUCUAGCUGGGACUUGUGUGCGGCAAUGGCAAGAGGUCCUGACCUUGAAAACAUGGACAUAAUUUCACGAAAACAGCUUCUUGGUUUCGCCUUGAGCUAUUGUGAUGAGGAAUCGAUUGGUGAGCUGCUGCAUGCAUGGAAAGACCUAGAUAUGCAAGUUCAAUGUGAGAAAUUGAUGACUCUAUCGGGGACAGAUCCUCCCAAAUUCUCAGUUCAUGGUUCCUCAACUAUCUCCUUUCCACUCCGAAAUUCUGAAGAAAUGGUUGAUCGAAGGAAUUUCUCUGAACAGGUUGAUGGAGUCAAUUGUGAAGAUCAAGAAGUACAUAUCAGAGAUAUUAGAAACAUACUUGCUCUUGUUGCUAAAGACUUGUCAAAGGUGAAUGGCUCUAGUUCGGAAACUUUCCUUCGCGAAAAUGGUAAAAUUUUGUCCUUUGCGGCUCUACAGCUUCCAUGGUUGCUUGAAUUGAGUCACAAAGCAGAAUAUGGUAAAAAAUUAACUGGAGGCUCAGUUUCGGGAAAGCCAGACAUUAGUGUGAGAACUCAAGCAGUGGUGACUAUGUUAUCUUGGUUGGCAAGGAAUGGUUUUGCUCCCAGAGAUGAUUUGAUUGCAUCUCUAGCAAAGUCGAUUAUGGAACCACCUGUUAGUGAAGAGGAAGACAUCAUAGGGUCUUCCUUUCUGUUGAAUCUUAUUGAUGCCUUUCAUGGGGUGGAAAUAAUAGAAGAACAAGUGAAAACAAGGGAAGCUUAUAAAGAAAUCUGUAGUAUUAUGAGUGUUGGGAUGAUAUAUAGUUCACUACAUAACUCGACAGUGGACUGUCAGGGUCCUACUCAGAGGAGGGAGCUGCUGCUGAGGAAGUUUCAAGAGAAGCACACUUCACUCAGUUCAGAUGAAUUAGAUAAAAUUGACAGAGCACAAUCCUCGUUUUGGAGAGAUUGGAAACUGAAAUUGGAAGAACAAAAGCGUGUGGCAGAUCAUUCUAGAGUGUUGGAGCAAAUAAUUCCUGGGGUUGAAACCAUGCGCUUUUUGUCUCAGGACAUGAACUACAUUGAGAGUGUUGUUUUCUCCCAUGUUGAAUCAGUGAAGUUAGAGAAGAAGCAUAUUUUGAAGGACAUGUUGAAGUUAGCUAAUACCUAUGGCUUGAAUCACACAAAGGUUCUACUACAGUUCCUCCAUUCUGUCCUUGUUUCCGAAGUUUGGGUCCUUGAUGAUAUUACAGCUGAAAUUUCCGAAUUUAAAAAUGAAAUACUUGCUCAUGCUGGAGAAGCCAUUGAAACCAUUUCCUUGUCUGUCUACCCUGCUAUCGAUGGGCAUGACAAGCAGAGGCUUGCUUACUUGUAUGGCUUGCUUUCUGAUUGCUACUUGCAGCUGGAAGGAACGACAAAAUUAGUACCUAUGUUUCACCCAACCCUAGCACAUAUAAAUGUUGAUUUUGCUCAUUUUUACAAGGUUGUUGAGCAAGAAUGCAGUAGGGUGUCCUUUAUUAAGGACCUUAACUUCAAAAAUAUUGUUGGGUUGGGUGGAUUGAACUAUGAGUUCUUUACCAAUGAAAUCUAUGCUCACGUUGAUGAAUAUACUGUGGAAGCAUUGGCAACAAUGGUCCAGGCGCUCAUUGGCAUGUAUAGACAUCCAAUCCCUGAGGAUCUCAUAUCAUGGAAGGGCGUCUACAGACACCAUGUACUAUGUUUGUUAAAAGCUUUGGAGGAGAGAGUUAAAAUGCAGGCAGAGUUUGAAAGCCAAGAAAACCUUCAUGCCCUAAUAAGUGAGCUUGAGAAGACCUACGAUGGUUGCAGAAAGUAUGUCAGAGUCAUGGCAUAUCCAGAUGUUUUGGACAUGUUCAAACGAUUCUUCACGGUGAUAGCACCCCUAUAUAGAUUAUUUGAGGGUACAUCUAGUGAUUCAACGUGGAGGGACUGUCUCAUAUUCCUUUCUAAUUUUUGGCUCAGAGUGAUUGAUGAUAUGAAGGAAUUCACAAGUUGUGAGAGUCCUCAAGAAAAGUGUAACCUGGACAGCUUGAUGUGUUGUGUCAAGGUUUUCACUAGGUUGGUUAUAGAAGGACGAAUCUCUCCCAAACAGGGCUGGGGAACUUUUAUUGGCUAUGUUAUCAAUGGCCUCAAAGGUGGCUUUGCUGAUGAUAUUAUCACUUUCUGCAGAGCAAUGGGUUUUUCUGGGUGUGGGUUUGGAGCCAUUGCUGAAGUAUAUUCUGAAGCAGUGUCACAAUUGCAAAUUGGCUCAAGUUUGGACGAACGACAUUUCGAGAGUAUUCAGGAUCUUUCCCAUCUCUAUUUAAGUAUAUUGGAAACCAUUUUACAGAACUUGGCCUCUGGAUCUCUUGAACGCCAGAAUUUACUUCAUUUUAUGUCAUCUUUGAGUAGAAUGGAUGGUGAUUUGGAGGAUCUGAAUAGGGUCAGGCAGGCUGUUUGGGAAAGAAUGGCCAAGUUUUGUGAUAACUUGAUUCUACCAAGUCAUGUUCGUGUUUAUGCCCUUGAGCUUAUGCAAUUUAUUUCAGAUUCAGGGAGAAAUGCAAGUAUGUUUUCUGCUGAGCUCAAGUCAAAUGUUUUGCCAUGGGAAGGAUGGGAUGAUUCGAGAAGUAUCGCCACGAAGAGUGAGAGUACUGCUACUUUUGGAAUUCCAACUCAGACAGAUGCAUCUAAUAGAUUGACAAGUACUUUAGUUGCUCUUAAAUCGUCACAGCUUGUUUUAGCCAUCUCACCAAGCAUUGAAAUUAGCCCACAAGACCUUUCCACUGUGGAUUCAGCAGUUUCUUGCUUUAUGAGAUUAUGCGGAGAGGCUGCUUCUGAACCCCACUUUGAUGCUUUGCUAGCCAUUUUGGGAGAGUGGGAGGGUCUUUUUGCUAUUAAGAGGGACGAGGCAGAUUCUGCAGAAGUAUCAGAUGUUGCAAAUGAUUGGGGCAAUGAUGAUUGGGAUGAAGGAUGGGAAAGCUUUCCGGAAGAACCUGUUUCUAAAGAAACCAAGGAAGACAAUUCCCUUCUGGUUCAUCCUUUACACGUGUGUUGGUUGGAGAUAUUCAGGAAACUGAUAUCACUGUCACGAUUUAGAGACUUAUUUAAGUUGGUUGACCGAUCGGUAGUAAAGUCUAAUGGAGUAUUGCUCGAUCAAGUUGGUGCUCAUUGCCUAACCCAAAUUUUGCUGGGAAUAGAUUGCUUUGUAGCUCUUAAGAUGGCACUAUUGUUCCCAUAUGAAGAAAUACGGCUGCAGUGUUUGGAUGCAGUUGAGGACAAGCUAAAGCAAGGAGGUGUAUCAGACGUGAUUGUGAGGGACCACGAGUUUUUUAUUCUUGUAUUAUGUUCUGGUAUUGUAUCGCCGAUCAUCUCUGGGUCCAAAUACGGUACAACGUUCUCUCUUCUUUCCUAUAUGAUUGGGAAUUUCUCACGCCAGUAUCAAGAAGCCCAGUUAUCUAGCAUCAAAAGUAAGGGGAGAAACGAAAACGAAAACGAUGAGAGAGGAUUCUUGAUUCUUUUCGGAAGAUAUCUGUUUCCGUGUUUUGUGUCCGAGCUUGUGAAGGCAGACCAGCAGAUUCUAGCGGGAUUUCUUGUUACAAAGAUCAUGCACACUAAUGCUUCUCUCAGUUUAAUCAAUGUUGCGGCGUCUAGUCUUAGAUUGUUUUUGCAAAGGCAGCUUCAAGUACUGAAAGGUGAUGACGAGGGUGUAGGCUUUGGUGAACCAUUUGGAAAUACCAUCUCCCAGUUGAGAGGUAGGUUGGAAAAUCUGAUCCAAUCUGCAUUAUCGGCACUUACAGCUGACAUUAGAUGAUGUGGGACUUCUUGUACAAUGCAACUGUUCGAAAGUUUUUUUUCCCUCCGUCGGUAAAAAUGAGAGUAGAACGUAAGAAUAGUUGGGUCCGAGCGAGCGUUUCCUUUGUCUUACAAGCUUUUGUAUACUAACCCUCAUAAAUUUAUUUGUAAUCUACAAUUUGUAUGAUAAAAAGUCCUUGAUGGGCCUAAGCAGCUUUCGCCUAGAAUAUGUAGACAGUGAUGGGCCUGCAGUUUGAUCUUGCUUAAAAAUUUGCAAGCUAUGUCUUUUGUCAGAUUAUAAUUUUCGAUA